CGCGAACACUGUAAACCGUAAGGAGAAGCACCUCCACAGAACUUUUCCCCCUCUCUCUUCAGUGACAACAGUUAAGUUUGUGCUACUUCACUACUUUCCUGCUGACAAAGUUUAACUUCUACUUUUUGAUAUCGCUAGUACCGCCGUAGAGUGCAUCAGUGUAGUUCCUGCCCUUUCCUCCUCCUCCAGAAGAUGAAAACGUUGCCGAUUACAACACACUCUAUCUUUUCUUGUACCAUUUUUCUUUUCAUUGAUCCACGUCCUGUAUGUGGCAUACAAUCUGCAUCAUCAAGUGCUGAACAAGAUGACAACACUAGCAGUACUUUAACGCGGAGAACGCCAUUUUUGGAAGAAGGAAUUCAGCAGCUCAACCUUGCGACAUCUGCUGAAGCGCUACAACUACCCGGUCGGAAAAAAAGUGCCCCUAGUAUUUUCCGGGACCGCCCCGCUGUUCAACUUUUUGAACAAAGAAGCGACGAGGCACAGCAGGAGGUGGCUUCUUCCGCUAUUGAAAAGCACCAGGCGCGCCGUUGCGACGAACUCACUCCUGCAACAUCGCGAAAGAAUUCUGAUACCGCGGAGAAACUUGUCAAGUCUUUCGGCAGCGGAAAUGGGGGAGCAUCUCCCACCGCCGGCCAAGGAGAAACUGCGAGCAAAGGAGCUAGUAGCGCAGCAGGAGGGCUACCCGUUCCCACUUGGGUAUCGAGUAGCGACGAGGAUAUUCCGGGUACGACUUCGGAAGAAUUAGCUGGAGCGUCGACUACAAGUGGUUCCGUCAAGAACCCCGAUGAAAAACAAAAACCGCAACAACCUGGAGGGCAAGUGAAACAACAACUUCUAGUCCGCCCGCCGACCGCUCCCGAGGACACGUCACUUUGCCUGUCCCCAGACGUGGACUUCUGCGUACAACCUAAACCGCCGAACGGCUGGACGGACUACAGGGACGACGGAUGGAAACGGGCGGACUUCGUUCGGGAGUCUUUACACUGGAAAGUGUUUGUCGAUGAACAGCCAUCCUUCGUAUUCGAGACCGUCCCGCGCGGCGGGAAGGGGAAAAUUCAACAGCCCUGGGACUGGCACCUGUUUAACCAGUUCGACACGGGGAAAUAUGACGAUGGGAUUGAUGAUUUCGUGAAACAGCAGACCAUGGCAUACACGCAGAUCGUUUACAAGAACACGAUCAAGGUGAAACUCACGCCCAGGGAUGAAAAUUCUGGCGUGGAUUUGAAGAAGUGGUUCAACAGUUGCAAUGUCAAACCGGUUUUCAAUAACGAGGACAUUGUUGUCAACACGGAUAAAGUGCUUGACGAAAAUUUUAUCGAGCUUUUGAUCCCUUUCGACAAGGCCAAUCCCAAGAUCCGGCAGCUCUCCAUCGAAUUCGACGAUAGCGAGUCACAACUCGUUUUCCAAGCCGACGAUGGCGCUAUCGUCGGCCGGGAGCCGAAACACGUCCUGUUUCUCUUCGUCUCCCCGCCGCUGGAGCGGGAGAAAGAUCCUUUUUCCAUCUACGAAGAGAACGAAAUUCUCGUGAUGCAACCCGGCCCGAUCAGUUUGGACAACUACAAGUCCGCAAAGAAAGUUCUCUAUUUUCCCCCGGGUGUCUACUGGAUGGACACAAACCAGAAGGGGGAACCUGGAAAACGCGGCGAAAACCACAUGACGCUGACGGAAUCCCAAGCCUGGGUGCACUUCGCGCACGGGGCUUACGUGAAGUCUGCAGUCCACUGGCAGUAUGACGAGGAGAACGGGACCUACGCGGCGACGGGGUACGGGGUGUUGGUCGGCUCUGACUACGUGUACCAGGCGAAUCACGCCGGCGACAGAUCCUACGACGGUGAGAAGUCGGACGGCACGUCCCUUCGCAUGUGGAAGAGCUGGCACGGAUCCCCCGGGCAGACGUUUAUCCUCCACGGGGUGACCAUGACCGACCCGCCGUUUAAUUCCCACGACAUGUACAACCAGCCGAAGAUUUUCGCCACAGACUACAAGCAAAUCGGCGGCUGGUUCUACCAAUCCGACGGACUCACUCUGUACCCAGGCAGUGUAUUCAAGGAUUCCCUGGUUCACGCGAAUGACGACGGGCUGAAAACCUACCACUCGGACAUUCAGUACGAGCGGAUCUCUGUGUGGAAAGGCCCGAACGACCCGGUGUUUCAGAUGGGCUGGGCGCCGAAAAACCUGAAGAAUGUGUACGCGAAAGACAUCACGAUUCUGCAUACGAGAUUUAAGUCUGGUGGGCAAACAGCACUCCCUUCGGCGAUCAUCGGAGCGUCGUACCCUUACAUGAACGACUGGAGGUUCGAAACGAACAACGAGAUCAGAAGAUGGAAGCUGUCCGGCCUCUAUUGCGACGACAUUUGCCCGGCGCUAGUUCAUAUCUACACGCCCAUGCAGCACUACCGGGAGUUUGUGAUUGAAAACGUCAUCUACCGGAAGGGAGGCUACAGCUCCGGGGACUUGGGGCUAGACCGAGUCACGGCCUGGCGGGACUGGGACAUCGGGAAUUUCGACGGCGAGAAGAACAAUAAGAUUACCGUUUGGAACGGAAAGCGAGAUGUUAAGCAAGUAGUGGACUUUCAGUUCAGGAUCUCAAACGUGAAAGAUGGAAACGGGAUUCAGAUGGUUGGAGAUAAUGGCGAUGGAUUCGGGUGGUGGAUCGGGUACCCGGGACAGUUGCAACCAGCCGGGUAUCCAUUGUGAACAAGUCAUUAUACCAAUUUUAGCCGUGUCAUAUAUGAGUACUACUCAUCGAUGAAGGAUGAGGAAAGAAAGAAAGAAUCCCGGUCGGAAUUGAUCGAGAAAGGAUGAGGAUCCUGGUUGGUAUAAAUGAGUACUACUCAUCCCGUAGCAGUUCCUUCGUUUAGUUGAAUUGAAUAGCAGUUGCAAGACAGAGCAAAGGGCGAACUGGAACUCACAGCUUGUUUUACCUGUCGUGCUCGAUUGGUUCUUUAUCUGAAACAGAAAAACGAAAAGAAAUGGAACCACGCCGAGCUGCCGCUGCGGAUUCACAUCCAGGAAGUUGUAGGUGAAGCAGCCUGGGCCUGAAAAAUAGGCGAUUAGAACUAGUGCC